ACCUUGUCACACCACGUGAUGGCGUUGAUCUUGGAGAAAAGCAGCAGAUUUUUACUAAAAAAGAUUAAAGAUCUGAGGUUUUUAACGCAGAAGCGGAACAGAGUGAAAGAAAAAUGGGCUGUUACUCGUGUCAAGUACCCCCCCAGCAAACUGGCCCUGCAGCACUUUGACGCCACCUACGGGGCCCAGCUGGGGCAGCUGUGGCCGUCAGUCCGAGUCGCCCUUCUGUCAGAGAGGAAGUACGGAGCCCUGCUCAAUAACUUCUGUCACGAUGCAGCUGUGGCAGAGUACCAAACGCAGGGGUGCAAAGAUUUCAUCAGCGACGGAGCCCAAGAGGCAGCUCAACCACCCGCUGAGCAAAAACCUGAAGUUGGGACUACGGAAGAAUUCAGCGAUGAUUCUCUGCAAGAAGGCGCUUGUUUAGAUAAUCAGCAACAAGUUCCCUUAAAGCUCAGUCCAAAUAUAAAAUGCUUUGUGUUUCCAAGAGGAGAUGUAACACGAUUCAAGCCUGCAAGACCGGACAGGUUCGGCCUGUUGGGCUACUAUCUGAUGGACGCAGCGUCCGUGUUGCCUUGUCUCGCUCUGGAUGUUCAGGAGGGUCACACUCUGCUCGACCUGUGUGCGGCCCCUGGAGGCAAAACCCUCGCCCUACUGCAGACCCAGAUGAUCAGAUUUUUGUGCUUAAACGACGACUCGGUUUCUCGAACUUUACGACUGAAAAAGGUCCUCGGGAGCUACGUCCCUAGGGAGUUUCUGACAGAUGACAGACUCCGGAUCACCUCCUUCGACGGCACCAAAUGGGGGGAAAUUGAAAGGAACACUUUUGACAGAGUUCUUGUGGAUGUUCCCUGCACCACGGACAGACAUUCUCUGAUGGAGGACGAUAACAACAUAUUCAGCAAGAGCCGGACCGGUGAGAGGCGGAUGCUGCCUCAGCUCCAGCUGGAGCUGCUGCUCGCGGGAAUCGAAGCGGCUUGUCCUGGCGGGGAGAUCCUUUACUCCACCUGCACUCUGUCUCUACACCAGAACCUGAGUGUGGUUGAACAAGCCGUCCACGUGGCUCAGGAGAAGCUCGGCAUCCAGCUCCAGGUUGUCAAUCUGAGGCCACUCACACAGAUGUUUAGGAACACCUUUCACUUCGCUCCCAACCUCCGCCUGGGAGAGAUGGUCAUCCCGCACUUAGCCGCUAACUUUGGACCCAUUUACCUGUGCAAGCUGAGGAGACUCACAUAAACGCCCUUGCUGGACUUGUGCGUGUGUAUAUAUGUGUUAAAAGAUAUUAUCUUUUGAACUGAAUUAUUUUCACUUGCCGUAUUAGGACUCAUCUGCAUUUCCUAAAACAGUCCUGACCCCACAGUGGACGGAUUUCAUUGCUGACAUGAUUGAUGACGUCCUCAUGUCUGCGUGUUUACCCUGGAGAGUUACAAUCACGAGCAUUUUGAACUGUCUGAAUUGUCUGAAUUUCAGUGUAACGUACCUGCAGUUCCAGCUGCGGCCUGCAGGGGUCUCCAGUAGCUAAGCAGUAGGACUGACCUGUGUAUGACCUGUAUAUUCCGUGUCCACUAGAGGGCGCUAAACAUCCUGUAUGUGUUCCGCUGCAGGAGCUGCAGUGUGUGACCUCCUGCUCUGGUCAGGUUUAUAGAGAUGAUGUUUCCAGGGUCACAUUACAGAUAUUUCCAUUGAAAUUACCUCCUCUCUGUAACUCUGCAGCCAAAAUGGGUUUGGCUGGUUCUGUGGUUAUUCAUCAGGUUAGAUUGCUUUACCUAAUAUUGUGAUAUAUGUCCGUAGGAAAAGAUGAGAUAAUGAACACGAAGGUAAUGACCUAUUUAACCAUUUGGCUUCUCAGAUCUGAAUCUGUGCAACUUUCAUUACUAGAGCUGGAUUGACUCCAUUCUGCUUUGACAUCACUCACAGGUGAAUUUUUCCCCUCUUAUCACAGCCUAAUGUGAGGCAGAGGUGCAUCUCGUACCAUCACACCACCGAUGACCCUUUAUGUUGUCCUGGCCAGGCAAUGUAGCGUGAAAAAGGUGUAUGCGUGUGCGCACAUUUGUGUACACGAGUGCGUGUCGAACAUCCCACCAUCAUUAAGCUGCUCCGAGUGCCGGAGCUGACUGCCAUCCCCGUGCAGGGAUGGACGGCAGCCAUGCGGCUCCCAGAUGAACAUUAAAGAGGCAGCAGAGAGCUAAAAUGGGCCGACUUGCCCCGUUUUACCCCUCGCCUUUUUUAUUCCACAGCUGAGUGCAGAUAAUUUUUUGUGCGAUUGUGAGUGAUUACUGUAUUACUGUGUCAAAAAAGGGAUGUAUCAGGGAAUGCAGAGGGAAUUAAUGACACAUAAAAACUAUUUUUGUAUUGACUGCAUUCGUCCCCGGGGCCUGGGAUGCCUUUUUGCAUAUCUUGUGAUUACCUAAAUGCAUUGUAAAUAUGUGUUUCCUAUGGGUUCUUUCAUAAAUUUACAUGUUUUAACACUCAGGAGACGGCAGACUGUUGGAGAUGAGUUGCUCUCAAUUCUGCCGGUCUAUAGAUGCGACUGACUGCCUGCUUUAUUAUUGAAUUAACCAAUGAAGCGCUUUGCUUUUGUGUCCCUGAGUGUAAGCCUGUGUUAUGGAGACAUGCUAUGUAUUAGAAAGAUGAACAUAAUAGUUUGAACCAUGAUGUGUUUUUACAAUACAAUUUCAACGUUGCAUCUUUCAAAUGAGCACACGGGACACUGUAAUAGUGUUGUGUUUUCACCUCAGCCGCUCCAGGUACUGAAUAAACUCCCAUAACGGGCUGC